CAGCCCGGCCGGGGCCUCCGCCUGCCCUGGGUGGGCCCCGCUGAGCCAAACGGCGGCAGCGACGACGGAGCAGCCCGCGAGCGCCCCGGGGUGGACAUUGAUCCUAUGACGCAUGCCCGGAAGAAACAGCUCUUACUUCUGAAACACUCAGCUGGUUCUGCUGGCCAAGCUUUGUCACCAAUUGACGGUGAAAAAAUGGAUAGGACUGAGACGGAGGAUAGCGAGCAAGGAAAUGGCACAGAGGGGCAAAGCUGCCAGAGUAGAUUUGCAAGCAUGAAUAAAAGCAGAAAUUCACAAGAACUCAGAAAGACGUACCCAUUGAGGAGACGGCUCAGCUCAUCGCUGGAUAAAAAAACAUGCUCAGUGAUCCUCACAAGACUGGAGGAUGUUGCUGGUUCGCUGUCCCCAGAGUCUCAGAGCGGGAUGAAAAGAGGCCUCACCACUUGUAUGGAUGACUUUAGACCUGCUUGCUUUCCAGAACAAGUUCCAGUGGUGGGAGCAGGAAAGCAUGAUUCUUCCAUGGGAAAAUGCACAAUAUCGUGUCCAGGAGCUGAGCAGGAGGGGCGCAAAGCCUUUUUUGCAGAACCUAGGAAGCGGAGGCUUGCUUCCCUGAAUGCUGAGGCUGUGAACAACCUGCUUUUUGAACGGGACGAUGGCUUAUUGUCUGGUCGGCGUUUUCGAAAAGAUUCCCCCAAAGUCAGUGGAGUUUGUUGCACUAAUAGCAUAUGUUGCAAAGCUGAGGUUGGGUGGGCCUUGGUGGAAAAGCGGAGCUCUAAAACAGUGAAGGGAAAGAACCAAAACAGAUCAAGUCUGAAGUGUGUUCCUUACAACCAGUUCUUGGAUGAUGUCUUUGAAGGGAAAAGACGGGAGGAUAGUGGGAUUUCUUAUCACCCUGCCCCGAAGAGAUUAGCUAGUCUCAAUGCUGCAGCUUUUCUGAAACUGACACAUGAAAAAGACCAACCACUGAAGCAGAGGAGUAAGUCGACUGGAGAAGGCAAGUCUGAAAACCUCAGUUCCAAAUCAAAGCUCAAGUGGGCCAAAGCCAGUGGAAAGAACUGUGUUAAAUCCAAAAAGGAAACGUCCACUAUAAGAAUAGAGGGUCAGCACAGCUGGCAAGGAGUCCCUGAGAGUGCAUUUGGAAAAGUAGUCCAUCAGGAUUCUCCUAGAAUUUAUCGGAAAACUGAAGCUAUCAAUUAUGAAUCAUUACCUAACCCUUGUGAUGGCACAGAGGGUUUCUAUCACAGACUGCCUUUGCUAAUGGGUGGGCAAGCUUCCAUGAAGCCUGAAUAUGGAAGGCCAGGAGAGAAAUCUCCUACCCCAAAACAGGAAUUUCAUCAGCCUUCCUUCCCAGUACCUCAGUUCCAUCCUUUGCCUAUGCCAGGAAAUCCUCCAGAUUGUGGCUGUCUCUACGAAUCGUCGGACUUGACUCCAUUGAAUGGAUUUUAUGUUUAUUAUGGCCAAAGCGGAUACAAUACUUACACUCAUUGCUCCGUUUACCCGAAGGAUGACUUAUCGCAGGCAACGGGUUGUGAGGGGCUUUUGGUAUCUCCAGGUUCCUUACCAUCAGACCCCUCAUUUCAGCCAUUUCACUGGUGUAACUCUCCAUACUGUUGUGGGGAAGGACCGACAAUUAACAGUUACAGCCUUUGUGGAGUUAUGCAUGUACCAGAAAGCAGAAUUGGUAGUGUGCAUACAGGGCGGAAUGGCUACCCUUAUAAGAUGCCUUUUGCAGCAGACAGCUGCAAGCCCCUGGACCAGCUGAGCCUCACAAUCCCUGUGGCAGGACACCCUGUUUCACCUGCCCACCCUCUCUCAGGAUGUCCGGUGCCCAGUGUGCCACCAGCUGCAGAGCCUGUUCCUCACUUGCAGACACCCAACUCAGAGCCCCAGACUAUGGCCCGUGAAUGCCCACAGAGCUCCAAGCCUCCCAGCGGCUCUAAAUCAGGCCUCCGUAAUACUACAAGCUGUUUACAUGUGUCCGACAGCAAAACAGUUGGGGGUCACUCUCAUCCAAAGCAGCAGCGCAUCAACCGGAGGAGGGCCACAAACGGCUGGAUACCCAUUGGAGCGGCUUCCGAGAAGGCAGUCUAUGUUGUGAAUGAACCAGAGCCAGCUGUUCGUAAGAGCUACCAGGCUGUGGAGAGAGACGGAGAGAUCAUCCGAGUCCGAGACACAGUCUUGCUGAAAUCAGGACCACGAAAGAAAUCUAUGCCUUAUGUGGCAAAGAUAUCUGCCCUGUGGGAAGACCCCAAAACAGGGGAACUGAUGAUGAGCCUCCUGUGGUAUUACAGGCCGGAGCACACUCAGGGAGGCCGCAAUCCUAGCAUGCAUCAGAAUGAGAUUUUUGCAUCCCGACAUCAGGAUGAAAACAGUGUUGCCUGCAUUGAGGAGAAGUGCUAUGUUCUGACCUUUGCAGAGUACUGCAGAUUUUGUGCCUUGGCAAAGCGUCGUGUUGAAGGCAUCCCAGGCAAGAAAACAGUGAUGGUUCCUCCAUCAGAAGAAUAUGCCACCCCUGCACAUCGCAAGGUUCCAGAGGACACUGAUCCAGAGUUGGUUUUCCUCUGCCGUCACGUCUACGACUUCAGACAUGGACGCAUCUUGAAGAACCCACAGUAAUGGAGCUCUGCAGCUGUGGGGUUGACAAGGGGCAGCAGAGAGCCAAGGGCAGGCUGACCUCAAGGCCUGUGGACAUUCCUCCUCUUGCGGGGCCCGGCCCACAGGCACAGCACUCUGCCCUCGGCAUUUGGAGCAGAUUUCCUGUUAAGGCAGAUGUUCAAAGCACAGCACUUCUUCUAAAGAGCAUAAAUGAGAAUAUAUAUCUAUAAAUGUGUGUGUGUGUAUAUAGAUAUAGGUACUGCCUUCUGUAGAUCUAUAUCUAUAUAUGUGCAACAAGCUUCAUAUAUUGGGGGAGGGGGGAAGGGGAGGAUGGUCCAGGGGAUAAAAGCCAGUAAAUUGAAGAAUCCAGAGCCAGACUUGGUGGGGAUGGCUAGAACGUAAGAAGGGAAAUGUUAGUGCAGGAGCAGGUCAGGCUGCGAUCGGUCCCUGAACUCAUGUCCUUAUAUGAAGGGUAAGGUAAGGGCAGAGGCCCUUGUGAUUGGCAUAAUGCUUGAGGCGAGUUCCUGUUUUGGAGACGUUGGCAUACUGAGUAACCCUCCUACAUGCUGAACAUGUUUCUCUUUGUAUGGGCAAAAGGACCACGCUCAAGGUUGCUUAUUUCCUAUGGCUGUCCAGGCAGAUUGCGACUUUCCUUGCUGGCUGUGAGCUUCAUCUCUGAAGUGGGAAAGCUGUAAUAGGAUUACCUCACACCAUUGUGAAAAGCUGCAUAUCGUUCUAUGGCUGUGGUCCUAAAGUUAGCUGUACAUUCCAUUGACAUCAGUGGGAUUUACUUCCAAGUAAAUGUGAUCAAGAUUCAGAUAUAAGGCAACAGGGCCCAACCUUUGAGGAUGCCUUUUGUUGGGGGUGGGCAUCUGGAAAGCUCCCAGAGUAUGAAGUUUGAGUGACAGCUGCUACAAUACAGAUCUCUUCCUUCCUUAAGUCUGGAGAGGCAUCCCUUCUGUUGGUAGAAGUAGUUUGUAUUCUUUCCCAUCGCAAUUUCAUUGUCUUUGCUGUCAUUCAUGAAGCCAGAGUCAAGUAAUGACAGUGUACCGCUUACAUGGCAUUCUUUCAAACAGGUAUCUUAACCUGACCAGUUUAAUCUGGUGUGCUCUUGCCUGUCUACCUCUCUUCUCUCCCAGCCUCCCCAGGUUUGUACCAUUGUCCAUCUGAACAGGCCCACCAAGGUGAAACUCUUGGGCUCCCCAAAGGAACUGAUCGAGGAGAGGUUUGCAUUUUGACAAACUGCUACCUGAUUCCCACAGAUAACUUCUGCCUCUUGCCUUACAUGUAUAGCUCUUAGAAAUACCUUAGUUUAGCUUUAACACAAAGCUAUUUCAGUUAAUUCUAAAGUAAACCAAAGGACAGCAUAAGAAGAGUCCACUGAAUCAGUCACACAAAGCUGGGAUUCCAUUUGUAGAUUGCACUAAUUCUAAAGAAUGAGAAUCAACACUGUAUCAGUCCGUGUACCUGCUGACGGUCAGAGUCGCUCACCUGUACUAGGGACCUACGUUUUGGGGUGGGGUGGGGUCUGAACUAGUGUUAAAUGAUAUAGAAGUGUUCCUACGGCUUUAAUAUUGUCGUCUUUUCAAGUAGAAGUAGCACUACCUGUACUUGCCCACAGGCUAGAAUCGAGAGUGUGGCCACCUGUGCUCUACGCCUGCCUGCCUGCCUGCCUGCCUGCCUGCCUGACCUGGAGAAAGUAGCCCUGCCAUGUUCAGUUCCUUGUGCAUUAACACAAGUGGUAUCUACAGAUUUGCUCUACAUACCAAAGAGGGGAAAGCGACAGGGAGAGACAAGUUGAAAAGGUCAAAGCCCAUGGUAGUUGUCAUGCCUCCAGGUCACAAGGGGAUGAUUCCUGCUAUACCCUGGUAGGAAACUGUUUAUUCCUGCUGUGAAGGGAAACCUCCCAUCCUAAUUCUGAGCAAUGGUCAUUGGUUAAUCCAAGCUUGCAAGCGCCACAGUAAUGGUUUUCUCAUUGCUUGGGCAUGUAAAAGGCCUCUUGAAGUUACUAGUGCUACAAAGUGCAUCUUGUUACAGCGCAGGCAUGGAGAGAAGCUUCCCUAUGACUUUUCACUCAAGCCAGUGAGAGUAUCACAGAAGGGGAAGCUCUGAUUUGACAGAAGGGUAGAAUUGGCAUCACUCGUUGCAGCCUAGUGGUAAGCAGGAGUGGUUUGGGAGCAAUAUUGUAGGUUCUUUAGCGGCUGCCUGUUCUUCCAUUUGCCUGGUUGAAGAGGGAAUUAUAGAGAAAGAAAGAAAGAAAGAAAGAAAGAAAGAAAGAAAGAAAGAAAGAAGCAACUGGAAUAGGGAAUGUUCCCAGAACGAGAUCAGUAAGAGUUGUGUGUUUAGGAGCUGGAUAGUCUGUUCUAUGCAGAAUCAGAUUUGGGAUUCCUUUCUGCUGUGAUUGGGGGGCGGGGGAAGAAACCAUGUUGCUAAGGUUCCUCUUUUAUGAAAAGAGUUACAUUGUUUGUGAUGUGGUGACAGGAAUCCUCAAAACAUUUAAUUCAGAGUCACAUUCAAGGUGGUCCUGCCCCUUGAGAGAGGUUAUGAGAUGUGGCAUCAGAAACCAGAGAAACUUCUGAAAACCUGAUUUCUGCUGCUGCUUCCUCUAACACCUUUUUCCUGUCUCCUCUCCAGGCAGGAAAAAAAUGUCCAAAACAAAGGAAAGUAUAUAUUCCCAGGUUCUGGGAUGGGUUAGGAGACCCCUUUCUGGAGAGGAGAAACCCUGUCCCUUUCUUGCUUCUGAUAUUGUCAGAAUCUACUUCAGGCCAAGAAUAUUGUUUAAAGACUUGUGUGGUUGUUUUAUGCUGUUUUGCAGGCAGCAUGUAAAUGAUUUGAAAUGUCUUAUCUGAAAUGAAAAUAUUUCAUGCUUUUUUAAUCUAUUAGAUAUGGAAAUAUUUUUGAAACUGAAAAUGCAGUCAGUAGAAUUUUAAUUGAAAAUGUAAUACAUGUAAAAUAUAUUUUAGUUGAUAAUUUUGUAAAAUGCACUUUUGUGUCUCUUCCCUUGUUUCCCAGAUCUGUAUUUCAGUGUUUACAGAUGGAAUGAGAACAUUCCCUAUACCCUUCUUCUGUGAAAAAGAUAUAUUAGAAGUAAUUCUUAAAAAUAAAUUUGAGAAAUUGUAUUGAUUUAGAAAACAA